AUGUCUCUCAUACACAGCGCCUCGGCGGAAUGCAUGAAGUCCGAGCUGGACCUAUUUACGAUCCCUAUGACGCAACACAGUAUAGAAUCCUACAAAUACGUAGAAACGCCUCCCAUCACGGCCAUUACCAAAAACGGCCCCCUGGAAUUUUUUAUAGCGGGGUCGGGGGACACCUACGUCGAUCUGAACCGUUCGCUUUUGUACCUCACGUGCAAAGUUACCAACACGGACGGAACCGAUCUGGCGGCCGGCGCGGCCGUAGGUUUGAUCAAUUACCCCGCGGCCACUCUUUUUAGCCAAGUCGACCUGUCCCUCGGCGAUAAGCUCAUUUCUCAAAGCGGUUCCACGUACGCCUACAGGGCUGUUCUGGAGUGUUUGCUUAACUAUUCCGAACCUACUCUGAAUUCGCAAUUCGCAGCGGGGCUGUUUCGCAAAGACGCGGCGGGGCGCAUGGACGAAGCUGACCCGAACAGAGACAAUGAGGGGUUAACGUGGCGAAGCGCUUAUUGCGAAAGGAGCCGAACGUUCGAAUUAAUGGGACAUUUGCAUAACGACUUUGCAUUUCAGGAAAAGCUUCUUUUAAAUUCCGUCGACAUGAGAAUCAAGUUAGUUCGUAAUAAAAACGAGUUUGUUUUAAUGUCGUCGGAUCCGAACCCGGGCUAUAAACUUCACAUUUUAACGGCCCUUUUGUACGUGAAAAGAAGACACGUGUCACCCAGUGUGAAACUGGGGCACGCGUCAGCUUUGCUUCAGUCUAACGCGAGGUACCCGUUAGAACGAGUUAACGUGAAAGUGUUAAGCGUGCCGGCGGGGGGUCGCGUGUCAAACCAGGAUAAUCUAUUUUUGGGCCAAGUGCCAAAAUUCAUCGCUAUAGGUUUUGUUCAUAACGAAGCUUUCAGCGGAUCUUACGCGCGAAAUCCUUUUAAUUUUCAUCAUUACGACGUGGAAUCUUUAAAUCUCAGCGUGGACGGUGUGUCCUACCCGUCCACGCCUUUUCGACCCCUUUUUCCCAGGCAGCGCUGCCUGCGAGAAUACUUCAGCCUGGUCGAGGCUACGGACAGAGGGUUGAGGGACCAGCCUUUGGCCAUCUCUCGUGAAGAUUUUUCUCAGGGCUACUGUUUAUUCGCGUUCAACUUGACCCCCGACGAAAGCUCGGGCGAAUACGUUUCCUUAAUACAGUCGGGGCACGUUAGACUGGACCUCCGGUUUCGAGCGCCUUUGCCCAACACCAUAAACAUCAUCGUGUUUGCGGUUUUUGACAACGUGUUAGAAAUUAAUCACAAACGUGAAGUGCUUAUGGACUAUUUUUGA